AUGCGUGAGUCAGAAGAAGGUUCAAAUUCAGCAGCAGUAACGAGUUCGACAACAACGCCAACUUCAAUGUUUGCCGUAAACAAAUCCCUCGAAGUGGUUUUCCGCCGUUUGAUCCACACAGCGAUCGAGCAAGUCUUGCUUGUACGGUGGAUGAAAUGGUCUCGAAGAUUCGAAAAUCUGUUGAUUAGUUUACAAGAGUUCGAGCCAGUUGUUAGACGUGGUCUAUUACUCACAUAUGUCGGAGAGGCAACAAAUGACAUAUUCAACACGCUUCCUGACACGGGAACAAACUACGACAGCGCUUUGGAAAGUUUAACCGAAUACUUUGACCCUGUACGAAAUCAAGACAUGGCAAUCUACGAAUUUAGACAGAUAAAACAAGAAACUAACGUAACAAUCAACAAUUUAUAUAACGGUUAAACAAAAAGCAGAUAUCUGUGUGUUUACUGACAUAGACUCUCAAAUUAUUCAUACAACAUCUGACGCGAGAAUACAGCGAAAAGUGCUUCGAGAACAACUAGAUUUAAAAGCUCUUCUCACGUACGGUUCGAUGUUGGAAAAGACGGACAUGAAUGCUAAAUUACUAGAACCAAAUCGGGAGUCUAACCAAUCGACAAAUCACCUUUCAGAUCGACCUUGCCAUCGAAAACCACAGCGCCGUUUCCAAGCACGUCAAAACAACGACGCCGAUCAAGCAUGUAAACAGAGAGAGCACGAUCAAAGUUCAAGAAAGUGUCGCAAUUGUGGGGGACCAUUCCCGCACAAAGAAGGCAAGUUGUCAUGCCCAGCCAGAGGAAAAAAAUGUCAUGCGUGUGGGAAAUUAGGACAUUUUGCAAAACAUUGUUUGUCAAAAGCACAACAAAAUCACCAAUGUCAGAGACAAAGUUCCAGGCAAGAAGUAAAUGGAGUCACACAAACACGUCAGGACUACCUCGACGAUACAGAUGAAGAAUUUGCCUAUGUAAUCAACUCCAGCACUAAACCGGCAGAGACAAGAAUCACAGUCGAAAAUGUUGCAAUCAAAGUUAUCGUAGAUACAGGAUCUUCAGUAAACCUCCUUAAUAAGUCAGUUUUCAAAGAAAUCAAAAAAAAGAAUCCAAACAUCUGGGUACAAUCCUCACACAAGAAAGUCUUUCCGUACGGAACAAAUACCCCUCUGGAAUUAAUCGGUGAAUUCAAAGCACAAAUCACAGCAAGUUCAGGUACAACAAGUACAUUUCUCGUCGCAAGUACAAACAGUACAUGUCUGAUCGGCUACCAAACAUCCACCGAUCGUGGAUUACUCAAUCUGAAAGUUUGUUCUGUCUCUGUCAAUCAUCCUGAUCCAGAUGUAUCAGCAGCAUUAAAUAAGCACAAAAAGGUAUUCGAAGGAAUGGGUAAUCUCAAAGACAAAGAAGUUAAAUGGAAAUCGAUCCCGACGUCCAGUCAGCUUUCCCGACGCCAGAUGAUGAUCCAUACAGAUUUAAGCGAUUGAUAAUGGGUGCCUGUCCAUCUCGAGAAUAUUUCCAUGAAGCAAUGAACCAGGUCAUCAAAGAAAUUGCCAGAAUAUAUCCGACAACAUAUGGUUAUGGUCGAAGAAUAAGAAAGAGCAUCUCAAACAGCUAGACCAGCUUCUGGGAACACUCGAAGAAAACGGAAUCACUUUGAAGUUUGCGAAAUGUUCAUUCGCAGUGCAACAAAUCAAUGUUUUUGGUCACAUAGUCUCAAAGAAAGGAAUACAAGCCUGACAAGAAAAAGGUCGAAGCGGUAGCCAACGCCCCAAAACCUAAGUCAGCAGCAGAAGUACGAUCUUUCUUAGGACUUGUGAAUUAUUGUUCAAGAUAUAUUCCAGAUUACAGUUCGGUAACCUACCCUCUACGCCAACUAACAAAAGAAAAUCAGCCUUUCCACUGGGAUAAAGCACAGGAUGAAAGUUUUCAGUAG